GUUUAUGCAGAUCACUGCAGCACGGGCAGAGGGUUUGCUACCGGUUUGCUAGCUUAAUCGAUCGAAACCGAGGGACCCUUUUUUGCGAUGGUCACUGAAAAUGGUACACAGUCUGAUGGAAACACAUCGUUCUUGCGUGCCGCAAGGGCAGGCAACCUGGAAAAAGUGUUGGAACACUUAAAAAAUAACAUUGAUAUCAAUACUUGCAACGCGAAUGGCUUGAACGCACUGCAUCUCGCGUCGAAGGAUGGGCAUGUGGCGGUGGUAACGGAACUGUUGGCCCGCGGUGCCACAGUUGAUGCGGCCACCAAGAAGGGCAACACCGCGCUGCACAUCGCUUCGCUGGCCGGCCAGGAGGACGUGGUGAAGCUGCUGAUCAAGCACAAUGCUUCCGUUAAUGUGCAGUCGCAGAAUGGCUUCACGCCGCUGUACAUGGCAGCUCAGGAGAACCACGAUUCGGUCGUUCGGCUGCUGCUGUCGAACGGUGCGAACCAGAGCCUUGCCACCGAGGACGGCUUUACGCCGCUGGCAGUCGCCAUGCAGCAGGGACACGAUAAGGUGGUGGCUGUGUUGCUGGAAAGCGAUACUAGAGGAAAGGUGCGUCUGCCUGCGCUGCACAUCGCCGCUAAAAAGGACGACGUGAAGGCCGCAACAUUGCUACUAGAGAACGAUCAUAACCCGGACGUAACGUCCAAGUCGGGAUUUACUCCACUGCACAUUGCGUCGCAUUACGGGAACGAGGCCAUGGCCAACCUGCUCAUCCAGAAGGGAGCGGACGUGAACUACGCAGCAAAGCAUAACAUCAGUCCACUGCACGUGGCCGCCAAAUGGGGCAAAACCAAUAUGGUGGCGCUGCUGCUCGAGAAAGGCGCCAGCAUCGAAAGCAAGACACGGGAUGGCCUGACGCCGCUUCACUGUGCUGCUCGCUCCGGACACGAGCAGGUAGUGGACAUGCUGCUGGAACGUGGUGCCCCCAUCAGCUCGAAGACGAAGAACGGAUUGGCACCGCUGCACAUGGCCGCUCAGGGUGAGCACGUGGACGCUGCCCGCAUACUGCUCUACCACCGUGCCCCGGUGGAUGAGGUUACGGUGGACUAUCUGACGGCACUGCACGUAGCGGCCCACUGUGGUCAUGUGCGUGUGGCGAAGCUCUUGCUCGAUCGCAAUGCAGAUGCGAAUGCACGUGCGCUGAACGGGUUCACGCCGCUACACAUUGCCUGCAAGAAGAACCGGAUCAAGGUGGUGGAACUGUUGCUGAAGCACGGUGCCAGCAUUAGUGCCACGACCGAGAGUGGUUUGACUCCGUUGCAUGUCGCUUCGUUCAUGGGAUGCAUGAACAUUGUCAUCUAUCUGCUGCAGCACGAUGCCAGCCCCGACGUACCGACGGUGCGCGGCGAAACGCCAUUACAUCUUGCGGCCAGAGCCAAUCAGACCGAUAUUAUUCGCAUUUUGCUGCGCAACGGGGCACAAGUUGAUGCACGCGCCAGAGAACAACAAACACCGCUACACAUUGCAUCACGCCUGGGUAACGUCGAUAUCGUGAUGCUGCUGCUUCAGCACGGUGCCCAGGUCGAUGCGGUCACCAAGGAUAUGUACACCGCACUGCACAUCGCUGCAAAGGAGGGCCAGGAUGAGGUUGCGGGUGUUUUGUUGAACAACGGGGCCCAGAUCGAUGCGACCACGAAGAAGGGCUUCACGCCGUUGCACCUGACAGCCAAGUACGGUCACAUGAAGGUUGCGGAACUGCUGCUGGAGAAGAACGCACCGGUGGAUGCGCAGGGCAAGAAUGGUGUAACACCGCUGCACGUCGCCAGUCACUAUGAUCAUCAGAACGUUGCUAUGCUUCUGCUGGAGAAGGGUGCCAGUCCGCAUGCCACUGCAAAGAACGGUCACACACCGUUACAUAUUGCGGCUCGCAAGAACCAGAUAGACAUUGCCAACACGCUGCUGAAGUACGAGGCGCAGGCCAAUGCGGAAAGUAAGGCCGGCUUUACACCGCUGCAUCUGAGCGCCCAGGAGGGACAUACGGAGAUGUCCGGACUGCUGCUAGAGCAUAAGGCCAAUCCGGACCACCAGGCACGGAACGGAUUGACGCCGAUGCAUCUGUGCGCCCAGGAGGAUCGGGUCAGCGUGGCGCAGGUGUUGGUAAAGCAUGGUGCCAAUAUGCAGGCAGCCACCAAGGCAGGCUACACGCCACUUCACGUCGCUUCCCACUUUGGACAGGCCAACAUGGUACGCUACCUGAUUGAGCAGAACGUGGAUGUGAACACGUCCACUGGCAUCGGUUAUACGCCAUUGCAUCAAGCUUCGCAGCAAGGACACUGCCACAUUGUUAACAUUUUGCUGGAAAAUAAAGCUGAUCCUAAUGCUAUUACAAAUAAUGGACAAACUUCGCUGAAGAUUGCACAAAAGUUGGGCUACAUCAGUGUGCUCGACUCGCUGAAAUCGGUGACGGAUUCGAAGGCCACACCGGAUCAGCCACCGUCAGAGGAGAAGUAUCGUGUCGUCGCCCCGGAAGCGAUGCACGAAACAUUUAUGUCCGAUUCGGAAGAGGAAGGAGGUGAAGAUACAGUACUGUCUGAUCAACCGUACCGUUACCUGACGGUCGAUGAGAUGAAGUCGCUCGGCGAUGAUUCGCUGCCGAUCGACGUGACACGCGAUGAGCGAAUGGACUCUAACAAGAUGGUUCAGAGUACCGAUUCGCAUCAGUUCCCGCCAACGGCGCUGGAAGACUCGAUAAGCCCGCAGCAUGCAUCGAUGGUACAGUCCGGUAUCUCGGCGACCGACUUUACCGACAACAUCAAUAUCGAGCGUCACUCGCAUGUAGGCUUCCUGGUUUCCUUCCUCGUCGAUGCACGCGGUGGAGCCAUGCGAGGCUGUCGCCACAGUGGUGUACGUAUCAUCGUACCGGCUCGCUCGGCAGCCCAACCAACACGCAUCACCUGCCGUUAUGUGAAGCCCCAGCGUACCAUGCAUCCACCACCACUGAUGGAAGGAGAAGCGCUGGCUAGCCGCGUGCUUGAGCUUGGCCCAGUCGGUGCCAAGUUCCUGGGACCCGUCAUCAUGGAAGUACCACACUUUGCAUCACUUCGUGGCAAGGAGCGCGAAAUCGUAAUACUUCGAUCGGAUAAUGGAGAAACAUGGCGCGAGCACAACAUUGACAUGUCGGACGAAAUCAUCCACGAUGUGCUGAACGAAUGUUUCGAACCGGAAGAUCUGGCACAGCUGGACGAGCUGGGCGGUGGACGUAUCUGUCGCUUCGUAACGUACGACUUCCCCCAGUACUUUGCGGUGAUUUCGCGCAUCCGCCAGGAGGUACAUGCCAUCGGACCGGAGGGUGGCAUGGUGUCGAGCACCGUCGUACCGCAGGUGCAGGCCGUCUUCCCGCAGGGUGCACUGACGAAGAAGAUCAAAGUGGGGCUUCAGGCACAACCGAUCGAUCCAGACCUAACGGCGAAGCUUUUGGGCCGUGGAGUGGCCGUCUCGCCCGUCGUGACGGUCGAACCGAGGCGUCGCAAAUUCCACAAGGCAAUCACGCUCAGCAUGCCGGCACCGAGAGCCCACAGCCAGGGGAUGAUAAAUCAAUAUUCGGGCAGUGCCCCAACGUUGCGGUUGCUAUGCUCCAUCACCGGUGUGUUUCGGAAAAGAUCUCUGAAAGGUGGUACGACACGUGCACAAUGGGAAGAUGUUACUGGGUCGACGCCGCUCACGUUCGUGAACGAUUGCGUCUCGUUCACGACCACCGUUUCUGCACGGUUCUGGCUGAUGGACUGUCGCAACAUUGCCGACGCAACCAAGAUGGCAACCGAGCUGUACAAAGAAGCCAUACACGUGCCGUUUAUGGCUAAGUUUGUCGUGUUCGCGAAGCGCACCGAUCCGCUAGAGGCGCGUCUCCGUGUCUUCUGCAUGACAGAUGAUCGUGAGGACAAAACGCUCGAGCACCAGGAACAUUUUACGGAGGUCGCCAAGAGCAGGGACGUGGAAGUGCUGGAAGACAAACCGCAGUACAUUGAGCUGGCGGGCAAUCUCGUGCCGGUAACGAAGUCGGGCGAACAGCUGGCCCUUCCAUUCAAAGCGUUCCGCGAGAAUCGGCUACCGUUCGCAGUACGCGUAAAGGACCAGCACGCCGACAUCGUUGGCCGUACGCUCUUUAUGCGCGAACCGAAGAUAGCUAAGGGUGAACCACCACAGCAGCCAAUCUGCAUACUGAACAUCGUCCUACCGGAAACGAUCAUACCCGAGCAGACGACCACGAUCUCGGACUCGCACGAAAUUAUGCUGCGUGUUGGACGUUCCCGGGCAGUCGUGCCUCCGCGCCAGCUGGUCGACGAUCAGAACUAUCUGGGCGAGCUGCGCAUAGUGGACAUAUCGAACCUGCUGGGAGAAGAUUGGAUCAAGCUAGCGCCGGAAAUCGGUGUUAGUGAGACGGAUGUGGAAAACAUUGUGGCCCAAAUACCGACCAGCACGGCACAGCAGGCCCAAGCCAUGCUGAAGCAAUUCCAGUCGAAACCGAACAAUGACUUCAACAUCCUCGAAAACGGGCUGCGGACCAUCCACCGGGAUGACAUCGUGGAACGGUGCAUACGCAGUGCGACCACCACCGGCACCACGACCACCGUGACCAUGCGCAACAAAUCUUCCUUCUCCAUCGGCAAGCGUAACGUCGACGCGGUGGAAAUCUUCUCCGAAACGGAUUCCAUAGUAAAGAUGGCACAAAAAGAAGAUCGCCUCUCCAAAACGGAAUCCACCAAAUAUUCGGGUGAAGAGAAAACCGUUGAAGAGUCGGAAGAAUCGGAGGAGGAAAUGGUGAAGAAAACGGUGGCGGAGCGAAGGAAACAGAUCGAGAAACGGUUGUCGGCGGAUCGAUCGAUACCGGCCUCCACGCAGAAGAAGGAGCUGGUCGAGGAAAUUAUCACCAUCAAGCGGCAAAGCGUUAUAGACGAUACGCGCGCGAAGCAUGAGGAAGAAAUUUUACUGCAAAAACCGAUCGACAACACGUACAAAUCGUCCACCAUGCCAGAACCGGUGGUGAAGCUAAAAACAACCGUCGUUAAGGAUGGUCCCGUUGUCCGGAAGGACGAGUUCGAGCAAGAGUUGCAGGACAAGUUUAAGGCUACGUUGAAAAACGUUGAAGAGUUUGAGCAUAAGUCUGAGGUACUGGAGCACAUGGCCACGGAAGUCACCGUUGUGCCGUCGCCGCGCGUCGUGGAAGAGAUAAAGAAGAAGGUCGAGGAUCGUGUGCCUGCUCCGCAAGACUCUACAACUGUGGAACAGAUGGUCGAAAGUGUAACUCCGGUACCGAAAGAGCGUGCACCGGUACCGGCCAAGCGUACCAGCCUCACCAAGGAACCGGAAGAAUUCCAGGGCGUUGUUGAGGAAUCGAUUAAAGAUGUGAAGCAACGCAUUAGCUCGUUCGAGACCAAAUCCAAGAGUGAAUCACUCACGGAUAGUAAGCAGUCUUCGGUGGAUACUACCAGCGGACGUGACUCGUGGAGUGAAGAGUGUCGUGCGGAACAGCGACAGUCCAGUGAUACCAAGCGCACCGAAUCGGAACAGAUAUCCGAAGAAGAUUCGGAACACGCACCAUUGAUAGGUCAGAAGGAUGAUAUCACGACCCAUUCGCGCAUGGUUGAUGAAGUUUCAAAGAUGACAACACAUCAGGCAAGCACCACUGUUGAAGAGGUGAAAAUGCACGGUGUUUCACGCACAGUUGAGCAAGAAGGUCACUUUAAAGACUUCGCUGUCACCGAUGUGUCCCGAUUGAAGGACCAAGAUUCUGAGCCGUCAUCACUUUCGGAAACCACCAGCACUUCCAAACGCGAGGAAAGCAUUUCGCAACACUUUAAGUCCGAAACCGUGAGCAAGGUGGAAGAGACGGUCACCAAGAUGUCAACAACAAUGGCCUCCAAAAUGAUGCAGGAUAAACUGCAGGAACAAUUCGCGUUCGCCAAGGACGAUGAAACGAUUGUGCGCGAGGAGUUUGUGGCGCGCAGUGCCGAGAGCAGUAGUUUCGUCGAUCGGAAGGUAGAAUCGGUUGUGCGUGAAGUUCGUGACCAGGAACCGGUGGUCGAGAAACACGACAUGCAUCGCGAGGUGAAGGAAACUUCCGACAAAAUGGCUGCCCUAAUGACGAAGGAAACGGUACAGCCAGCGGAUGGUACCAUGCCACAGGUGUCCUCGUCGGAAGCUUACACCGUCGAGAGCUACGAUGGGUUACAGUCGGAGACGAUCAGCAAGGAUGCAAUGGGUAUGGUAGCGGAACGCAGUGGCAAAACAAUUUCCAGCAUUGAAACGGGCGUAACCCAGGGUGAGGAUACGGUCAGUGAGAAGAUAGUCGAAAAGGAGGAAGAAGUGCGCCGGGUGGAAGAGAAAACGUCCGACAAGUCGGCUGACAAGCCGUCGGUGAUGGAAUCGGUUUCGCGUACUAUUUCGCAAGAAAUUACCUCCAAGAUACCGGUACCGUCAAAGAAAAGCUCACCGGAAGCGAAGGAACACUAUCCUACAUCACCCCCAGCUGCACAGCCAAAGCCCGACGAGCAAUCAAUGAAGCUGGACGAAUCCCCAAAGCUGACCGAAGUAACGUCACUUGCUGAGGAAGUGGUAGAAUCCGUCACCGAACAGGUUGAAUCGGUGGUUUCGAAGAUUCCACGCUUCGGUACAGCAAAGCCACAACAACCAGCCAAACCGGAAGCGGUUGCGACGGUCAAGUCACCCGAACCGGAUACCUCCGGCCUGUCGAAAAUUCCGAUCCUCAAGGAUCGUAAAGUGUCGGAACAGUUUUCGAGCGAUUCGUGCGAUACGGUUAUCGUACAAAAAUCGAUCGAAGAGCUCGAAGAGGAUAAGUUGUGCGUCGAAGAAUCAUUGACGGAGCAAAUGCACCGCGAGGAGGAUGAGGAGAUCAUGUCUGCUACCGCGUACGGUAGCGAACGUGCAGUGACCGAAAUCAUUACCGAGGAUCAUCGUGCCGUAACACCGGACGAUUUCAUCGACGAGAUUAUCGAUGAAGCGCAGGACAAGGUGCAGCAGCUUCAGUCGGCUGAGGUGACGGUCGGUACGCUGGAUCUAAGCCACUCGGAAGAAGAAUCGUUCGACAAAUCUGCCUACCCGAUGCAGGAGUACAUCUCCGAAGCAGGACGGGUUGCAUACGACGCGAAUGCUACCAUCGACGAUGACGAACCGGAACACGACAGAUGGAAAGAGGAUGCAAACUCAUCCGUGCCCGAUGACAUGUCGACGACCGAUUUCGAAGCAUUCCGCGAGUACCACUGGUUGGAUACACCGGAUGCGGCCGGCCCAGUGGGUCAUCGGCACGGCAUGGCCCGAACGUCGACACCGAUCCGCGACGCAACGAUGGCCGCCGUGGUGGCGCUCGCGUCGCUCGAGGAUUUGGACACGCUCAGCCCACUGUCGGCCGAUGUGAGCGAUGGGCGAAAGUUGACGCUUCCGGAGGAAGGAAGCAGCACAGGUGAUGAGGGUUGUCCCGGUGCAGCGGCGGCGACGACGACGACGACAACGGGAGCGACCGCAAGCGCGAUCAAAUCGUCGCGCAAGCACUUUAAUCUUGACUUAGACAUGGACGCUACCUCGACCAAGACGACCACGACGACGACUUCGACGACUACAGCGACAAAAGCACGCAAGACGACUACCUUUGAGAAGGGUUACAAGCCCGACAGUCAUUCAAAUCGCGGUACAUCGCCGAUGAAUGAGAUCAUUGAAUCGCCCGACAGUGUGCACAGUGCACGUUUCGGGCGGGGUGACUCGCCUGCGAUUAAGCUCGUGAUUGGACGUAAAGAGAUCAAAACUUCCGACACAUCGGCCAUAACGGAAAGCCGCCUCACGGUGUACGGUCACAAGGAUGUGGAGAUAUCGAUCAGUUCGCAAUCGACCAUCAGUCUAACGACUACGCAUACCUCGAAGGAUGGGCGGGAAAAGACAGCCGAGAUGAGCUCGAGCGGUGGCGAGGUGAAGGAAGUGAGUACCGGCAAGCGCUACAAACAGUUCAAACUAGUGGACGAUCCAGACUCGGAGCAAACGGAACGCAAACGCGACGACACGGUAUCGUUUUCAAAGAAAAAGAGCGUGUAUCUUUUCGGAAGCUUCGAUUCUAGUUCUGGAUCGCCCAUCACUGAGACGAGUGUUUCGCAGCAUGUGACUGAUACGGGAAUAUCCUUAACGAGAGGAUUCACUGAAACCAUGACUUCACCAGGUGUUAUAUCUUCCUCUGCAGAGGAGAAAAAUAAGAAAGUAAGCAUCGUCACAGACACUGCCGUGGAUGUGGAAAUAGAGGAGCUAGAGCUUACUGAUGCUGGCCUUAGUCCUAUACUGCCAGACGAGACAGAUGUGACGGCCGAUUUCCAGAUGGCGGAAGAGGAUGUCCACUUUGCACACACGGGUACGAGCCCGAUGGAUUUCGAGGAGCAAUCAGUAUCAGCUGCACUGGACACAUCCGAGGCAGCGACGCUUACUGAUCGAGUAGAAACGAAAGAUGCGUCCAACAGUCCGCUCGAUGUGCCCAUCACAUCCAUCCUAAAGCGGGACGUCAGCAAGCUCACCGACGAAGAGCUGUUGACGGGUCGGCGCGGAUCGGGUGAUGUGAAGGCCAAAAUAAAGAUGCUUGAACAGAAUCAGAAAGCUCACAGUGUGCAAAGCUCUCCAAAGAAGAAGGUAGAGUUUGAGGAGCAUCAGUUAAAGAUAGAAAGACAGGACUCACCGAAACGGCAGAAAGCUUCGGGAAAAAUAACAGAACUGCGCAAGAUAUUCGGUGAAGAGGAAGAACCCGUUGAAUCGAACGUUAUGUCGGAGUCAAUACCACCUAUUCAGGAGGUAAUUAAGCAGCUGGAAAAAAGGAUUGCUGUUCAUCAAGUGGAUCGCAAAAUUGCUGUUGAUCAGCUAGAAAGCUCUACUCGAGGAGAAAUGUUAUCCAAACGUGUUGAUGUUGAUGUCGACGAUAUUGAUUCUCAAAUAAUACCCGUAAAAAUGACAAAGGUGCCAGAGACUUUGACGGAGAAAGAGCAACAAAUAUCCAAACUUGUACAUGGAGUGCAAAGCCUAGGCUUACAGGAAGAAAAAGCCAAGCAAUUAGAACUAGAAAAACUGAAUGCCGAGCAGAGAGCUGCGCUUGAUGAACUGGUUUGCGAGAAGCUUGUGGAACGUAAAAUAAUUCCUGAUCUCGUAAAGGAUGAUUUGGAGGAAGAAGAUAACGAACUAAGAAAGACAAAUGACCUUAUAAAAAUGUUUGAAAUGAAACAAACAUCAACUGAAGAAAUUGUUAAGAGCAGUCCUAAGCGGAAGCAUUUGCCUAGUGUAAGUCAUAAAAUGUCUUCAUCAUAUGUCUCUGCAGAAGAAAAGGAUAAAAAAGAAUUUAUCGACCAGAAGAUUGAUGAAGUUGACCAUAGUAGAACUGAAAUAAGCGACCAUCUAUCCGUUUCUGAUAAAACUCAAUAUCAAAUGAAAACUUCCGAACUAUCAUCUGCUUACGAUGGUACUGUGGAAGAAGACUAUAAAAUGAAAAACAUUCAAGAACUAAAGGCAAGAUUUGAAAUUAUACAAGAAGCUAAUCAAAAAGCAGCUAAACAAGUAACUACAACACAAAGCACAAAACAAGCGCUUGCAGCUACUUCUCAGGAAUCGAAAACGCAACAAAAAUCACACCAACUAAUAAUGGAUCGAACACGUACGAAACGAGACAUUUCUAAAAUUGAUAAUAAUAUCAUAAGGCUAUUUGAAAUUAACGAUACAAAUUCCAAAAUCGAAUACUAUGAAUCAAACAAGGCAAAAUAUGUAUCUGACAAACCGAUCAAAUCUAAAGCAACGUCAACACAAAUCGUCGCCGAUAAAGAAGAAAACCUACAAAAAAUAGAAAGUCUAUCGGAAAGGAAAACCGUUGCCGAGAAGGUUGAGGACAAGCUACAGUUGAGGCCAAACCAGAUGACAAACUACAACAAGACGAACAGCCCGAGCCAUCGGAAUGACAAACCAGAGCUAGACGAACAGCCAGAGCCAUCGGAGCCUGUCUCUGACGUUGUUGAAGAGAAGGUGACCGAGGUUGUCGAGGCAAAGGUUACCGAAACCGUAGUUGAGAAGGUUGAGGCCAAGCCAGAUGACAAACCACAGCAAGACGAACAGCCCGAGCCAUCGGAGCCUGUCUCUAUCAUUGUUGAAGAGAAGGUGACCGAGGUUGUCGAGGCAAAGAUUACUGAGGCCAUAGUCGAAAAGGUUGAGGCCAAGCCAGAUGACAAACCAGAGCAAGACGAACAGCCCGAGCCAUCGGAGCCUGUCUCUGACAGUGUUGAAGAGAAGGUGACCGAGGUGGUUGAGGAAAAGGUUACCGAGACCGUAGUCGAGAAGGUUGAGGCCAAGCCAGAUGACAAACCACAGCAAGACAAACAGCCCGAGCCAUCGGAGCCUGUCUCUGAUGUUGUUGAAGAGAAGGUGACCGAGGUGGUCGAGGCAAAGGUUACUGAGACCGUAGUCGAGAAGGUUGAGGCCAAGCGAGAUGACAAACCACUGCAAGACGAACAGCCCGAGCCAUCGGAGCCUGUCUCUGAUGUUGUUGAAGAGAAGGUGACCGAGGUUGUCGAGGAAAAGGUUACCGAGACCGUAGUCGAGAAGGUUGAGGCCAAGCCAGAUGACAAACCACAGCAAGACAAACAGCCCGAGCCAUCGGAGCCUGUCUCUGAUGUUGUUGAAGAGAAGGUGACCGAGGUUGUUGAGGAAAAGGUUACCGAGACCGUAGUCGAGAAGGUUGAGGCCAAGCCAGAUGACAAACCACAGCAAGACGAACAGCCCGAGCCAUCGGAGCCUGUCUCUGACGUUGUUGAAGAGAAGGUGACCGAGGUUGUAGAGCAAAAGGUUACCGAGACCGUAGUCGAGAAGGUUGAGGCCAAGCCAGAUGACAAACCAGAGCAAGACGAACAGCCCGAGCCAUCGGAGCCUGUCUCUGACGUUGUUGAAGAGAAGGUUACCGAGGUUGUUGAUGAAAAGGUUACCGAGACCGAAGUCGAGAAGGUUGAGGCCAAGCCAGAUGACAAACCAGAGCAAGACGAACAGCCCGAGCCAUCGGAGCCUGUCUCUAUCAUUGUUGAAGAGAAGGUGACCGAGGUUGUUGAGGAAAAGGUUACCGAGACCACCGUAGUCGAGAAGGUUGAGGCCAAGCCAGAUGACAAACCACAACAAGACGAACAGCCCGAGCCAUCGGAGCCUGUCUCUGACGUUGUUGAAGAGAAGGUGACCGAGGUGGUUGAGGAAAAGGUUACCGAGACCGUAGUCGAGAAGGUUGAGGCCAAGCCAGAUGACAAACCAGAGCAAGACGAACAGCCCGAGCCAUCGGAGCCUGUCUCUGACGUUGUUGAAGAGAAGGUGACCGAGGUUGUCGAGGCAAAGGUUACUGAGACCACCGUAGUCGAGAAGGUUGAGGCCAAGCCAGAUGACAAACCAGAGCAAGACGAACAGCCCGAGCCAUCGGAGCCUGUCUCUGACGUUGUUGAAGAGAAGGUGACCGAGGUUGUCGAGGAAAAGGUUACCGAGACCGUAGUCGAGAAGGUUGAGGCCAAGCGAGAUGACAAACCAGAGCAAGACGAACAGCCCGAGCCAUCGGAGCCUGUCUCUGACGUUGUUGAAGAGAAGGUGACCGAGGUUGUUGAGGAAAAGGUUACCGAGACCACCGUAGUCGAGAAGGUUGAGGCCAAGCCAGAUGACAAACCAGAGCAAGACGAACAGCCCGAGCCAUCGGAGCCUGUCUCUGACGUUGUUGAAGAGAAGGUGACCGAGGUGGUUGAGGAAAAGGUUACCGAGACCGUAGUCGAGAAGGUUGAGGCCAAGCCAGAUGACAAACCACAACAAGAAAAGCAGCCCGAGCCAUCGGAGCCUGUCUCUGAUGUUGUUGAAGAGAAGGUGACCGAGGUGGUCGAGGCAAAGGUUACCGAGACCACCGUAGUCGAGAAGGUUGAGGCCAAGCCAGAUGACAAACCAGAGCAAGACGAACAUCCCGAGCCAUCGGAGCCUAUCUCUGAUGUUGUUGAAGAGAAGGUGACCGAGGUUGUCGAGGAAAAGGUUACCGAGACCGUAGUCGAGAAGGUUGAGGCCAAGCCAGAUGACAAACCACAACAAGACGAACAGCCCGAGCCAUCGGAGCCUGUCUCUGACGUUGUUGAAGAGAAGGUGACCGAGGUUGUCGAGGAAAAGGUUACCGAGACCGUAGUCGAGAAGGUUGAGGCCAAGCCAGAUGACAAACCACAGCAAGACGAACAGCCCGAGCCAUCGGAGCCUGUCUCUGACUUUGUUGAAGAGAAGGUGACCGAGGUUGUAGAGCAAAAGGUUACCGAGACCGUAGUCGAGAAGGUUGAGGCCAAGCCAGAUGACAAACCAGAGCAAGACGAACAGCCCGAGCCAUCGGAGCCUGUCUCUGACGUUGUUGAAGAGAAGGUGACCGAGGUUGUUGAUGAAAAGGUUACCGAGACCACCGUAGUCGAGAAGGUUGAGGCCAAGCCAGAUGACAAACCAGAGCAAGACGAACAGCCCGAGCCAUCGGAGCCUGUCUCUGACGUUGUUGAAGAGAAGGUGACCGAGGUUGUUGAUGAAAAGGUUACCGAGACCGUAGUCGAGAAGGUUGAGGCCAAGCCAGAUGACAAACCAGAGCAAGACGAACAGCCCGAGCCAUCGGAGCCUGUCUCUAUCAUUGUUGAAGAGAAGGUGACCGAGGUUGUUGAGGAAAAGGUUACCGAGACCGUAGUCGAGAAGGUUGAGGCCAAGCCAGAUGACAAACCAGAGCAAGACGAACAGCCCGAGCCAUCGGAGCCUGUCUCUGACGUUGUUGAAGAGAAGGUGACCGAGGUUGUUGAUGAAAAGGUUACCGAGACCACCGUAGUCGAGAAGGUUGAGGCCAAGCCAGAUGACAAACCACAGCAAGACGAACAGCCCGAGCCAUCGGAGCCUGUCUCUGACGUUGUUGAAGAGAAGGUGACCGAGGUUGUAGAGCAAAAGGUUACCGAGACCGUAGUCGAGAAGGUUGAGGCCAAGCCAGAUGACAAACCAGAGCAAGACGAACAGCCCGAGCCAUCGGAGCCUGUCUCUGACGUUGUUGAAGAGAAGGUGACCGAGGUUGUUGAUGAAAAGGUUACCGAGACCACCGUAGUCGAGAAGGUUGAGGCCAAGCCAGAUGACAAACCAGAGCAAGACGAACAGCCCGAGCCAUCGGAGCCUGUCUCUGACGUUGUUGAAGAGAAGGUGACCGAGGUUGUUGAUGAAAAGGUUACCGAGACCACCGUAGUCGAGAAGGUUGAGGCCAAGCCAGAUGACAAACCACAGCAAGACGAACAGCCCGAGCCAUCGGAGCCUGUCUCUGACGUUGUUGAAGAGAAGGUGACCGAGGUUGUAGAGCAAAAGGUUACCGAGACCACCGUAGUCGAGAAGGUUGAGGCCAAGCCAGAUGACAAACCAGAGCAAGACGAACAGCCCGAGCCAUCGGAGCCUGUCUCUGAUGUUGUUGAAGAGAAGGUGACCGAGGUUGUCGAGGAAAAGGUUACCGAGACCAUCGUAGUCGAGAAGGUUGAGGCCAAGUCAGAUGACAAACCAGAGCAAGACGAACAGCCUGAACCAUCGGAGCCUGUCUCUGACGUUGUUGAAGAGAAGGUGACCGAGGUUGUUGAUGAAAAGGUUACCGAGACCACCGUAGUCGAGAAGGUUGAGGCCAAGCGAGAUGACAAACCACAGCAAGACGAACAGCCCGAGCCAUCGGAGCCUGUCUCUGAUGUUGUUGAAGAGAAGGUGACCGAGGUUGUCGAGGAAAAAGUUACCGAGACCGUAGUCGAGAAGGUUGAGGCCAAGUCAGAUGACAAACCACAGCAAGACAAACAGCCCGAGCCAUCGGAGCCUUUCUCUGAUGUUGUUGAAGAGAAGGUGACCGAGGUUGUUGAGGAAAAGGUUACCGAGACCGUAGUCGAGAAGGUUGAGGCCAAGCCAGAUGACAAACCAGAGCAAAACGAACAGCCCGAGCCAUCGGAGCCUAUCUCUGACGUUGUUGAAGAGAAGGUGACCGAGGUUGUAGAGCAAAAGGUUACCGAGACCGUAGUCGAGAAGGUUGAGGCCAAGCCAGAUGACAAACCAGAGCAAGACGAACAGCCCGAGCCAUCGGAGCCUGUCUCUGACGUUGUUGAAGAGAAGGUGACCGAGGUUGUUGAUGAAAAGGUUACCGAGACCGUAAUCGAGAAGGUUGAGGCCAAGCCAGAUGACAAACCACAACAAGACGAACAGCCCGAGCCAUCGGAGCCUGUCUCUAUCAUUGUUGAAGAGAAGGUGACCGAGGUUGUUGAGGAAAAGGUUACCGAGACCGUAGUCGAGAAGGUUGAGGCCAAGCCAGAUGACAAACCAGAGCAAGACGAACAGCCCGAGCCAUCGGAGCCUGUCUCUGACGUUGUUGAAGAGAAGGUGACCGAGGUUGUUGAGGAAAAGGUUACCGAGACCGUAGUCGAGAAGGUUGAGGCCAAGCCAGAUGACCAACCAGAGCAAGACGAACAGCCCGAGCCAUCGGAGCCUGUCUCUGAUGUUGUUGAAGAGAAGGUGACCGAGGUUGUCGAGGAAAAGGUUACCGAGACCGUAGUCGAGAAGGUUGAGGCCAAGCCAGAUGACAAACCAGAGCAAGACGAACAGCCCGAGCCAUCGGAGCUUGUCUCUGAUGUUGUUGAAGAGAAGGUGACCGAGGUUGUCGAGGAAAAGGUUACCGAGACCGUAGUCGAGAAGGUUGAGGCCAAGCCAGAUGACAAACCACAGCAAGACGAACAGCCCGAGCCAUCGGAGCCUGUCUCUGAUGUUGUUGAAGAGAAGGUGACCGAGGUUGUCGAGGCAAAGGUUACCGAGACCGUAGUCGAGAAGGUUGAGGCCAAGCCAGAUGACAAACCAGAGCAAGACGAACAGCCCGAGCCAUCGGAGCCUGUCUCUGACGUUGUUGAAGAGAAGGUGACCGAGGUGGUUGAGGAAAAGGUUACCGAGACCGUAGUCGAGAAGGUUGAGGCCAAGCCAGAUGACAAACCACAGCAAGACGAACAGCCCGAGCCAUCGGAGCCUGUCUCUGAUGUUGUUGAAGAGAAGAUGACCGAGGUUGUCGAGGCAAAGGUUACUGAGACCACCGUAGUCGAGAAGGUUGAGGCCAAGCCAGAUGACAAACCAGAGCAAGACGAACAGCCCGAGCCAUCGGAGCCUGUCUCUGAUGUUGUUGAAGAGAAGGUGACCGAGGUUGUCGAGGAAAAGGUUACCGAGACCGUAGUCGAGAAGGUUGAGGCCAAGCCAGAUGACAAACCAGAGCAAGACGAACAGCCCGAGCCAUCGGAGCCUGUCUCUGACGUUGUUGAAGAGAAGGUGACCGAGGUGGUUGAGGAAAUGGUUACCGAGACCACCGUAGUCGAGAAGGUUGAGGCCAAGCCAGAUGACAAACCAGAGCAAGACGAACAGCCCGAGCCAUCGGAGCCUGUCUCUGAUGUUGUUGAAGAGAAGGUGACCGAGGUUGUUGAUGAAAAGGUUACCGAGACCGUAGUCGAGAAGGUUGAGGCCAAGCCAGAUGACAAACCAGAGCAAGACGAACAGCCCGAGCCAUCGGAGCCUGUCUCUGAUGUUGUUGAAGAGAAGGUGACCGAGGUUGUUGAGGAAAAGGUUACCGAGACCGUAGUCGAGAAGGUUGAGGCCAAGCCAGAUGACAAACCAGAGCAAGACGAACAGCCCGAGCCAUCGGAGCCUGUCUCUGAUGUUGUUGAAGAGAAGGUGACCGAGGUUGUUGAGGAAAAGGUUACCGAGACCACCGUAGUCGAGAAGGUUGAGGCCAAGCCAGAUGACAAACCAGAGCAAGACGAACAGCCCGAGCCAUCGGAGCCUGUCUCUGAUGUUGUUGAAGAGAAGGUGACCGAGGUUGUUGAGGAAAAGGUUACCGAGACCACCGUAGUCGAGAAGGUUGAGGCCAAGCCAGAUGACAAACCACAACAAGACGAACAGCCCGAGCCAUCGGAGCCUGUCUCUGACGUUGUUGAAGAGAAGGUGACCGAGGUUGUAGAGGAAAAGGUUACCGAGAACGUAGUCGAGAAGGUUGAGGCCAAGCCAGAUGACAAACCAGAGCAAGACGAACAGCCCGAGCCAUCGGAGCCUGUCUCUGACGUUGUUGAAGAGAAGGUGACCGAGGUGGUUGAGGAAAAGGUUACCGAGACCGUAGUCGAGAAGGUUGAGGCCAAGCCAGAUGACAAACCACAGCAAGACAAACAGCCCGGGCCAUCGGAGCCUGUCUCUGAUGUUGUUGAAGAGAAGGUGACCGAGGUUGUCGAGGAAAAGGUUACCGAGACCGUAGUCGAGAAGGUUGAGGCCAAGCCAGAUGACAAACCACAGCAAGACGAACAGCCCGAGCCAUCGGAGCCUGUCUCUGAUGUUGUUGAAGAGAAGGUGACCGAGGUUGUCGAGGCAAAGGUUACCGAGACCACCGUAGUCGAGAAGGUUGAGGCCAAGCCAGAUGACAAACCACAGCAAGACGAACAGCCCGAGCCAUCGGAGCCUGUCUCUGACGUUAUUGAAGAGAAGGUGACCGAGGUUGUUGAGGAAAAGAUUACCGAGACCGUAGUCGAGAAGGUUGACGCCAAGACAGAUGACAAACCACAACAAGACGAACAGCCCGAGCCAUCGGAGCCUGUCUCUGACGUUGUUGAAGAGAAGGUGACCGAGGUUGUUGAGGAAAAGGUUACCGAGACCGUAGUCGAGAAGGUUGAGGCCAAGCCAGAUGACAAACCACAGCAAGAAGAACAGCCCGAGCCAUCGGAGCCUGUCUCUGACGUUGUUGAAGAGAAGGUGACCGAGGUUGUUGAGGCAAAGGUUACCGAGACCAUCGUAGUCGAGAAGGUUGAGGCCAAGCCAGAUGACAAACCACAGCAAGACGAACAGCCCGAGCCAUCGGAUCCUGUCUCUGACGUUAUUGAAGAGAAGGUGACCGAGGUUGUCGAGGAAAAGGUUACCGAGACCGUAGUCGAGAAGGUUGAGGCCAAGUCAGAUGACAAACCAGAGCAAGACGAACAGCCCGAGCCAUCGGAGCCUGUCUCUGACGUUGUUGAAGAGAAGGUGACCGAGGUUGUUGAGGAAAAGGUUACCGAGACCAUUGAGAUCGAGAAGGUUGAGGCCAAGCCAGAUGACAAACCACAGCAAGACGAACAGCCCGAGCCAUCGGAGCCUGUCUCUGACGUUGUUGAAGAGAAGGUGACCGAGGUUGUUGAUACAAAGGUUACCGAGACCACCGUAGUCGAAAAGAUUGAGGCCAAGCCAGAUGACAAACCAGAGCAAGACGAACAGCCCGAGCCAUCGGAGCCUGUCUCUGACGUUGUUGAAGAGAAGGUGACCGAGGUUGUCGAGGCAAAGGUUACCGAGACCACCGUAGUCGAGAAGGUUGAGGCCAAGCCAGAUGACAAACCACAGCAAGACGAACAGCCCGAGCCAUCGGAGCCUGUCUCUGACGUUGUUGAAGAGAAGGUGACCGAGGUUGUUGAGGAAAAGGUUACCGAGACCGUAGUCGAGAAGGUUGAGGCCAAGUCAGAUGACAAACCAGAGCAAGACAAACAGCCCGAGCCAUCGGAGCCUGUCUCUGACGUUGUUGAAGAGAAGGUGACCGAGGUUGUUGAGGAAAAGGUUACCGAGACCACCGUAGUCGAGAAGGUUGAGGCCAAGUCAGAUGACAAACCAGAGCAAGACAAACAGCCCGAGCCAUCGGAGCCUGUCUCUGACGUUGUUGAAGAGAAGGUGACCGAGGUUGUUGAGGAAAAGGUUACCGAGACCGUAGUCGAGAAGGUUGAGGCCAAGCCAGAUGACAAACCACAACAAGACGAACAGCCCGAGCCAUCGGAGCCUGUCUCUGACGUUGUUGAAGAGAAGGUGACCGAGGUUGUAGAGGAAAAGGUUACCGAGACCGUAGUCGAGAAGGUUGAGGCCAAGCCAGAUGACAAACCAGAGCAAGACGAACAGCCCGAGCCAUCGGAGCCUGUCUCUGACGUUGUUGAAGAGAAGGUGACCGAGGUGGUUGAGGAAAAGGUUACCGAGACCACCGUAGUCGAGAAGGUUGAGGCGAAGCCAGAUGACAAACCAGAGCAAGACGAACAGCCCGAGCCAUCGGAGCCUGUCUCUGACGUUGUUGAAGAGAAGGUGACCGAGGUUGUUGAGGAAAAGGUUACCGAGACCGUAGUCGAGAAGGUUGAGGCCAAGCCAGAUGACAAACCACAGCAAGACAAACAGCUCGGGCCAUCGGAGCCUGUCUCUGAUGUUGUUGAAGAGAAGGUGACCGAGGUUGUCGAGGAAAAGGUUACCGAGACCGUAGUCGAGAAGGUUGAGGCCAAGCCAGAUGACAAACCACAGCAAGACGAACAGCCCGAGCCAUCGGAGCCUGUCUCUGAUGUUGUUGAAGAGAAGGUGACCGAGGUUGUCGAGGCAAAGGUUACCGAGACCGUAGUCGAGAAGGUUGAGGCCAAGCCAGAUGACAAACCAGAGCAAGACGAACAGCCCGAGCCAUUGGAGCCUGUCUCCGACGUUGUUGAAGAGAAGGUUACCAAAGUUGUUGAGGAAAAGGUUACCGAGACCGUAGUCGAGAAGGUUGACGCCAAGCCAGAUGACAAACCAGAAGAAGACGAACAGCCCGAGCCAUCGGAGCCUGUCUCUGACGUCGUUAAAGAGAAGGUGACCGAGGUGGUUGAGGAAAAGGUUACCGAGACCGUAGUCGAGAAGGUUGAAGCCAAGCCAGAUGACAAACCAGAGCAAGACGAACAGCCCGAGCCAUCGGAGCCUGUCUCUGACGUUGUUGAAGAGAAGGUGACCGAGGUUGUUGAGGAAAAGGUUACCGAGACCACCGUAGUCGAGAAGGUUGAGGCCAAGCCAGAUGACAAACCACAGCAAGACGAACAGCCCGAGCCAUCGGAGCCUGUCUCUGACGUUAUUGAAGAGAAGGUGACCGAGGUUGUUGAGGAAAAGAUUACCGAGACCGUAGUCGAGAAGGUUGACGCCAAGACAGAUGACAAACCACAACAAGACGAACAGCCCGAGCCAUCGGAGCCUGUCUCCGACGUUGUUGAAGAGAAGGUGACCGAGGUUGUUGAGGAAAAGGUUACCGAGACCGUAGUCGAGAAGGUUGAGGCCAAGCCAGAUGACAAACCACAGCAAGAAGAACAGCCCGAGCCAUCGGAGCCUGUCUCUGACGUUGUUGAAGAGAAGGUGACCGAGGUUGUUGAGGAAAAGGUUACCGAGACCGUAGUCGAGAAGGUUGAGGCCAAGCCAGAUGACAAACCAGAGCAAGACGAACAGCCCGGGCCAUCGGAGCCUGUCUCUGACGUUGUUGAAGAGAAGGUGACCGAGGUUGUCGAGGAAAAGGUUACCGAGACCGUAGUCGAGAAGGUUGAGGCCAAGUCAGAUGACAAACCAGAGCAAGACGAACAGCCCGAGCCAUCGGAGCCUGUCUCUGACGUUGUUGAAGAGAAGGUUACCGAGGUUGUUGAGGAAAAGGUUACCGAGACCAUUGAGAUCGAGAAGGUUGAGGCCAAGCCAGAUGACAAACCACAGCAAGACGAACAGCCCGAGCCAUCGGAGCCUGUCUCUGACGUUGUUGAAGAGAAGGUGACCGAGGUUGUUGAUACAAAGGCUACCGAGACCGUAGUCGAGAAGGUGGAGGCCAAGCCAGAUGACAAACCAGAGCAAGACGAACAACCCGAGCCAUCGGAGCCUGUCUCUGACGUUGUUGAAGAGAAGGUGACCGAGGUUGUCGAGGAAAAGGUUACCGAGACCACCGUAGUUGAGAAGAUUGAGGCCAAGCCAGAUGACAAACCAGAGCAAGACGAACAGCCCGAGCCAUCGGAGCCUGUCUCUGACGUUGUUGAAGAGAAGGUGACCGAGGUUGUUGAGGAAAAGGUUACCGAGACCGUAGUCGAGAAGGUUGAGGCCAAGCCAGAUGACAAACCAGAGCAAGACGAACAGCCCGAGCCAUCGGAGCCUGUCUCUGACGUUGUUGAAGAGAAGGUGACCGAGGUUGUCGAGGAAAAGGUUACCGAGACCACCGUAGUCGAGAAGGUUAAGGCCAAGCCAGAUGACAAACCAGAGCAAGACGAACAGCCCGAGCCAUCGGAACCUGUCUCUGACGUUGUUGAAGAGAAGGUGACCGAGGUUGUUGAGGAAAAGGUUACCGAGACCGUAGUCGAGAAGGUUGAAGCCAAGCCAGAUGACAAACCAGAGCAAGACGAACAGCCCGAGCCAUCGGAGCCUGUCUCUGACGUUGUUGAAGAGAAGGUGACCGAGGUUGUUGAGGAAAAGGAUACCGAGACCGUAGUCGAGAUUGAAAAAACAUCGCCAGGAAUCGUGGUUAGUCCCGAUAAGCAGGAUGGUUCUGAUUGCUCUGGUUCAGUGGAGCAUGUAGAAAGUGAUGAAAAGGUUUGCCUGCUCAAAGAGGAAUUGAGUGUUUUUGAUACAAGAAAAAGUUCACUUUCUGCAGUUGAAGUUUCCACUUUAGACGAUGACUCGCCAUUACUUACGGAUUUCACCACUUCUUCGAUUACGUACGUCAGCGAUCGGAUAGAUUCCUCCUCUUUGGAGCUAAUGGCUGGUGAACCUUCGUUGAAUUUCUUGAAAAUUGGUAGCAGCGUACCUGCUGAUGAAAAGAGACUCGAAAUUCCGUCGCCUGGGUCGUGUAUGUCAUUUACAACAACUACCAGUGAAUAUAUCGAGUCAAUUUCGCAUGAUGUUGAAAAGUGUGUUAACAUUGGUAGUGCUCUUCAAUCUGCCCUGCCUACUGACUACGACCGUUCUGUUUCGCUGAGUGAUAAUGCUGCAUCCGAUUAUUCAACCGAGUCAGCUACCAAAUACAACCUGCCUUAUGAUACUGAAUCCGACGGGUACGAUGCUAGUGCGUAUACUACCAAACGUAAAGGAAUGAAAUCUCAGGAAAGCGCUGCCGAGCCGAAACAUGCCAAAUCUACAAAGCUGAUUUCUGUAGAUCAACGUCACGGUUCAACAUCUCCACAAAGUGAUAUUACAGAAUAUACUGAAAGUGUAUCGUAUGUCGAUUCAAUUAUAGACAGUACAAAUUACGGAAGCGCCUUAAAGCAGAAAGAAAUACACCACGAUGCUCUUAGCAAGGGUGCUACGAAAGAAAGCUACGCACCAGACGUUAAACCGAAUUUAUCGUCCACUGAUCAAGAAACAACAGCAUUGCAGGCCGAUGCCAUCAGGAAAGUGUCAACAGUCCCAGCAGAAAUCACUCAGGUAAAAAAGCGUCCCAAAUCAAAAACUACUGUAACGAAGGUAAACUUACACAAACAAGCACCGAUUGAAGUUUCGAAGCGUGCAACAAAAACGCUUGACAUUCGUAUGGGUACCGCUGAAUCUACCGUGACCGUGACCAAAUCAGCUACCACAUCCAGUCGUAUCUCGACGACUUCUACGCGAACACACGGAUACAUGCAAUCGACAUUGUCUCGUGAUCAGAAAGUGCUACGACCUUUGACUUUAACCGAUUCUACGCAUUCUUCGCCUUCGAAAUCAUCGUACCGCACGGCCACAGCACCUAUCAGCUCUACGCAAACUGCUUCCACAUAUAAUUCACCUUCUCAUUCUACUGAGCGAAAGCCCAAGAAAUCCCCCAAAACAACAGCUCAUCCUACGCAAGGUUUACAUGAAGGUACUGCUAGUACAAAGGCUGGAUCUUCCAGUUUCACUGUGCGAAAAACAGAUGUAAAAGACGCCAAAUCUAAAUCUGUUAGUGGUCGAGCAGCAUCCAGUACAGUCGUUUCGACAUCCAGCACUGUGUCCACUCAAAGCCGAUCGUCUCAUUCAACAUCCUCAACGGCAACAAGAAGAACAGCUAAGCACGACUCUAAGGAACAGCACGUAGUGAAGAAAGCGGAUAAAGAGCAAGCAAAUCUGGUCACCAAAUCGACACUGCCAGCUGCUGUUAAGACGAGCAAGGACCGCGUUAACAAGAGUUUAAUUCCCGUAAAGGUUCAAUCGGCCAAGCGCGAAUUGACACCUUCUCCGAGCCGGGUUCCAAAAGUGAAGACCAAACCUGCUCCGACCACAAAGUUAAGCGAACAGAAAGUAUACAAACCCGCAAGUGUAGCGGAGAAAACGGUAGGUAAAAAAGAUCACUCUGUCCAGCUGAUCACCAAAUCCAUCCCAAAGGUUACUAGCACGGUGCACAAGGAAAGCUCCAAGCAAACCAUGGACGACGCCUAUCGGUGCAAGUCUGCCAUGCAUUAUUCGUACAAAGAUGCCGUUACGUUCGAUCAUGCCCAAGUACCGUCGUCACUUCCAUCCAGCCCGAGCCGCUUGAACAAAAGUUCCUCCAACAGUACAAAUGUCUUAACUAGUGAAGUGUUUACCCGUACGAUCGAUUCGUCCAAGUCAAUCGAAGUGAUCUACAAACAACCGUCCACAUCACACGAGCUGUAUCGUAGGGUCAAUGAGUACCGGUACAAUGACGUUGACAUGAACUUUAUCGAGACGACCGACUCGAGCCUGUCAGAUUCGAUCGCGUUGCCUUCCUCUUCUUCGGAGCAGGAAAGCAACGCUACCGGAAAGUUGAAGCGAUCUGCCAGUCCCGACGGUUCGCCCAAGCAAACGAGCUCCUCGUCUGCGGUAACGACCAUGACCACGCUGACGAGCAAAAAGAGUCAAGCCCCGCACUACCCUCAUCACCAUCCGUCGCGCCCGUCCAAGCACGGCAUCACGACAUCCGGUAAGCGUGCCCGGGCCCGUUCGCCCGCCGAUCCCAAGUACCGCAAAUCGGACAUCUGGAGCCGAACCGACCCACCAGCAUCCAGCCAAGAGCUACCGGAUACUUCAGAGGACAGCGAUUUGUACUACUACCAUCAGCAGCACUACCAGCUGCAGCAUCAGCAGCAGCAACACCAGCUGCCGCCGGUGCCUGGCAUUGCUGAUCGGCGUUUAACUGCGUCGCUCGAUGGGAUCGUGCUCGAGAGUAGCAUCUCGCCGAUACUUGACUUCCGGGCAUCUACACCGCCACGAAUGAAGUAUAAAUUUGAUUACGAUAGUUCUAUGUUUCCAGAUACGUACACCGAACACGACGAUGCAUUACAGACGUCGACCAGAUUCGAAGGCGAUGAAGAGUAUCUAGAGCUGGUCAGAUCGGAGGCAGGCCGGCUGGUCGACGAUGUGCUGGAGCAGAGUGUAUCGAUCGUCAACAGCUCGCAGCCGGGCCCGAUGACGAUCGAUCGUGAUCUGCAGCCACCGUCCGAAAGCGAACAGUACGCGAUCCGUAGCGACAUCCUGUCGUCUACCGAUGGGGAUGCGGUCGUAAAAUCGCCCACCAUCGAAUCCAUGUCCGGCAAAUCGUUCGAUGAUAAUAUGAGCAAUCCCGAGUAUGAUCCACUGCUACUUGGUUCCGCCUUCGGAGCGACUGCUGUCGGUGCUGAUGGGCAGUCGCUUGCGCUCCCUACCAUGCAGCAAGACACACACGAAGAAGCAGAUCACGAUCAAGCGCAUGUCGCGAACAUGGUUGAGGAUGAUGCUGGUGCUCAGCUUGAUGCUAUUUGCUCACCCAUCGGUCGUGCAGACGAUGCUAGCUACAAACCAGCGACGGACGUCGAACGUCCUGUCCCAGGUGACGGUGAGCAUGUCGAUCCAGAACGAGCCGCUGCCGAUUCUGCCGAUCGGAGAGCGAAAAAGAUCGAUCGCAAGUAUGCACGCCUUUCGUCGGACCUUGGGCCGGAGGUGCUGCUCGAUAAAAAUCCCGAGUACGAUGAGGCGAUCUCACAGAUUAAAGACGAAGUGUCGAUGCUGCAGAGCGAAUACUCCAAAAUGAGCUGGGACGAGAGCGUAUCCAUGACGACUGGAGAUUUCGGUUCCAGCACGCCCGACAAUGAUCUGCAAGAAACAGAUUUGCAACUACAAACAGAAAAUAACAUACCCCAGACAACAUCUCGCAUUGAAUCUCAAACAAUAGCAGCCGCCACUGCUGGCGAAGUUGUUUCUGAAGCUUUCGCUAGCGGCCAGAACAAUGUUGCUAUCGCUGCAAGUGCUACUACUACUACCACUACUGCUGCUGCUCCUGCAACCACCACCCAGCAGGAACAUACUACCACGACCCUGGCUAGCUCAUCCAUCCAGGAACAGUCGUCAUCCAUCACGUCUACCGAGCCGGAAAAACCAAGCUUAGAUUCGUCUAGCUACGAUGGACAACCCGUGCCGAAGCCACGAACAAGCAUAUCUUCCCGCACGGAUACGGCUACACGUUCUAGCUUGCUGGAAUCGUUUGACCAUCAAGAUUCGAUCGAACAGUAUCCGGAACCGAUCCCAACGCACUCCAGUGCUGACGUGGACCUGCCGCUGCGCCAGGGUUCGAUUACGUCCGACGAUUUAUCGCACGUGGCCCAGAAGGACUCUAGCGAAAUGGUCACCAGCGAGGAGGACAUAUCGACUGGAGCGAAAUUCUUUAUCGGCGAGUGUAGCAGCGACAUUAUUACACGCUCAACAACGGAAAAACGAUCGGAUUAUGCGUUCGAUAACGAGGGCUACACGUUCUCGCAAGACUCGCAAGGCACUGACGAUGAAUCGCGACGGGAGGCGAUGGAAGCUUUCCAGCAGCAGAUCAGACAAGAGGAUGGCUUUACACUGGAUUCGCUAAAGGAGCUGGACAUUGGUUUGCGAUCAUCCGGUAAGCCUCCCGUGGUACAUUCACCUGUAACGGCACCCACCAUUCAGCCGCUUACGAAACCUUCACAAACAGAGCAUGGAGAGGCGACAAUUCUCGAUUCAACCGCCGAGGAAUACUCACACAUGACAAUCGACGAGAUCACCAUUGCCAAAACGCUCGAAGCGGUUAAGGAGUCGCUGGACGCAGUGCAGGAAGAGCUUAUCGAAGCCGUGACGGACGGUACGCCAAUCAAGCAGUCGCCCUCGGAGUUUGAAUUUAAGAUUCUACCAUCGACGCGCUACGUUCAAGAUCCGAUUUACGAAACUAACCAGGAAGAAGCGGUCGCCGUGUCCACCGCAACAUCGGCAGCCAUUACCACCACCACCAUCGUGAGCGAAGGUGGGUUUUCCGAUUCCGAACCGAAACCCUCGGUAGCCGGACCACCGAUAAAGAUCGAUGAAGCACCAACUGCCGGAUCUUCCGACAGUUCGCAGCUGGAAAUUUCAGCACGCUUGCGACACGGUCCGCAUCACACAGCACACCAGGCAAAGGGUAGCCGAUGGUCGGCAACCGAUGUGGACAGUUCGGGCGAAAGCCAUUAUCAAAGCUUCGAGCAUACGGACAGUAGCAGACCACUCUCGUCCGACCUUGAGCAGCAAAUGUUGCCGUACGCGUCGUCCGAGUACGAAACAGCGCAGGAUCAUUCGAUGGUUCCCACCUCGAUCGGGACGGAGUACCACAGUGCCGUAAGCACACUGCACUCCUACCCGGUAAGUUCGCACGACAGCAUGAAGAGCUUCGACUCGGAAAGUUCCGGCAAUUUGGCAAGCAUCGAAUCGGAAGCCACCGAAACGCUCGUACCAUCAACUAUGGAUGUGGAUUUCGACUCGUCCGAUGCGGCACUGAUUCACGACGAUUCGGAAGAUGAUUUGCGCGACAAAAUGUUGCUGCUGGAUGACAAGGAAGAGCUCUCAUCGAAUGCUAGCAGCGCUCCGAUAGCGAUGAAACGUUCGCAUGAGAUGGAUUUUGCCGAGCUGAAGACGGACUCGAUGGCGGACGAAAGCAUGCAGUUUAGUGAGCAGCAUGAAGCUGCUAGUGCUACAGCGGAGAUGAUGAUGCAGAUGCAGGAUGAAAAGUUGCUCAGUUCGAGCAUUGGUACGGCACGCGAUUUGGUUGAGGCAAUGCAGGCAACGAGCUUGGAAGACGUCAAGACUGAACCUGCGGAUGAUUCGAAACUCGGUACAAGCUUGGAAGAUGGAAGCAUACUCUCGAUCAGUCUGUCUAGUGCAUCCAAUUUGGAAACGAUCAUGGAAAACCUGUCGGAAAAGACAACUGUACCAGGUCCUGUACCGACGCAUGCGGAGAUAGGACUAGAUGCCGUUACGCCGACUACCGCUGGUGGAACUACGGGAUACAUCGGAGACAUUACGCUCACUUCGACCGUACUCAAGGAAGGCGAUGUUAACUUUCUCAACACGCAAGCUACAACAGAGAUUAUUGAAAUGAGCACAGGCAGUGUGUCGGGGCGUGAGGAAAGUGAAGAAACUGUUCGCAAGCGUGGCCACAAGCGCACCGAAAGUACCUCCAUCAUUUCCGGCAAGUUUAUGGCAGAGAUGGGAGAAAACCGAGACUCGAUCGAAUCGCAAGACGAAUCACUGUCCCAGGAAGCAUCCAAACCAACAUCUAGCUCGGAACGCGACGAAACACGCGAAGAAUCUUCCGAUUCCGAUUACGAUCGGUACGAGAGCGAGUACUCCCGUUCGUUCCGUGCCCCGGUGGCACAGCCCAAGAAGAAAGACAAGAAGGCGGGCGGUGAUGUGUUUGAGAAGGACUUUGAGCUGGAUCGGCGCAACUCCUUCUCACCGUCGCAAUCGGUCAUCGAAACGAUCGUGGAAGAUGUGCACGCGGAGAUCGAGCAAAGUGAUGAGGCGCAGCAAAUUAUGGCUAGCAAGAGCCAAAUGUUGAAGGAGUAUCGGGAAUCGUCGUCACAUAACAUUCCGGACAUUCACGUGACCGAUGACUUUGCCGAGCCGCUGUCCCCGGGAAAGGAUGAUAUGGAUGUUUAUCAGGAAGAAUCAUUUACAGCAACCAAGCAAGUAACGACAGUGCAGCCGGACAUUGUUUCCAAGAGCGAAAGCACAACAGUAAUAACAACGGUCACUACGACGGCUGUGUCCUCAUCGUCGGGUGUGACGAAACAGACUGGAAUUCAGUACGCCAAACAGGAGGAAUAUCAGCUGACUGAGGAACAGUACCAGGAGCUGAUCGAGCAGAAGUACAAAGCAAAGCUGGCCGAUACGACCACCAAGUAUGGGUACGACGUGGACGAUAAGGAUGAUUCGGCCGGUUCGGAUUCGUUCGAAAUGUUGGAACAGCCGGACAUUUCGGACGAGUUCGUAAUAGUGGAGGAAGUUGCACGCGAAGCUCACGAGUUCGAUUCCGAAGGCAAAAGCAUGGCCAUCAAGCCCACCAAGAUCGAGAAAAAGCACGACGAAGAUGUGGAGAAGAUACUCGUCAAGUCGGCACCGGCCCAUACGAAUGCCGGAUCGAUGUAUGCCGCCAACAUGCGUGACGACAUGAUGUAUGAGUUUGAGGAAAGUCCACCGACCGGUGGAGCAGAAGGAGGGGCCGGCGCUGACGGUGUUACGAUGGAUCUGCUGAACAAUGGAUAUCCGCUGGAGGAAAGCAAACGCUGGGUAGAGAUGCAGCUUGCCGAAACGCAAAACUUCCGCUACCCGUACGAAGACCGGCUGGAGGACAUCAAGGAAGAGGACACCGACUUCGAGGUGGGAAGCAGUCGCAUUGGCUCAAUCAAGGACUCGUUCUCGAGCACACCGGACUACGACAUGCUGGCCAAGCGGAUGGCGUCGCGCGAGCAUGACGAUAUUUCCAUGAGCAGUUUGCAGGAGUUUGAAAAUCUGGAACACGUUAUUUCACUGGAGAACCGCAAAAUGCAACAGGGCUCACAGGACUCGCUGAGCAAUGGCAGCUUCACGCGACGGUUCAUGCAGCGAGGCGUGCACGGGGACGACAUCAGCCUGUCCAGCUUGAAAGAGUUCGAGGGGCUCGAGAAUGCGUGCAUGGAGGCGCACCUGAUCGAGAUCAAGGCGAAAGAGGAGGCCGCACUGCUGCUGUCACGUUCGGACGAGUCAAACAAAUCGAACGGAUCGAAUGGAGCGAAGCGUAGCCCACCGUCGCAUGGCAGUGGAGUUGCAAUCCCUAAAAGGCAACAAUCGGGAGAAGGAACUUCGGCGCAGAUUGUAAGCAGUUCUUCCACCACCACUACCGUGGUUGGCAGUACUGGAUCUGCCACACCGUUGGAAGUUAUCACCACGAAGGUAGAAAAGCGAAUUACAGCGGAAUCGGCUCGAGAUCCGUCAUCAGCAGUAUCAAGCACCACAACAACGAUAACGACCAUCUCGCACGAAGGCCAAGUACGUCAGGUGUUUGAUGAGGAGGAUCUAACCUCCCACAUGCUAACCGUGUCCAGCGAUAGUUUGGAUGGUACGAGAACCGUUCCGAAACAGCUCCCAGCGAGUCGUGACACACUCCCAUCGGCUCACUCCAGCAGCGAUAGUCUCGAAAUCAACAGCAAGAACAAUGUGGACGUAAUGACCAGCAGCAUCGAUUCGAUCGAGUUUUCAAAGACGGGUGUUGCAACCACCAGAUCGUCACAGUCCGAUUCCAUCGAGCAUAUGGCACAGCAACAGCAGCAACCGCACCGCAGUGACAGCACGGAUUCGAUCGAAGCUCAACACCAGCAACAAAAGCUGCAACAGCAGGCACACCAGGCGCAGGUACAAGGCACCCAAGGCUUAAGUGACACGAAGCGAGACUCGCUAGAGUCCCUCACUGCAGCCAGCAGUGACAAUCAGAGUGGAUUCAGCAGCCCAACGAAAUCGGUACACGGUUCACGUCAGUUGUCUGAGGGUGGCGUUGGCGCUACCGGUGCCUAUCAACAGCAUCACACGGUACAAACAACCGUGUCAUCGCUGCACACCACCACCACCACCGAUGGACGUCCGAUGCAGAAGGACAUAUCGGCCGAUUCGCUCACCGGACCGGAUGCAGCAUUCCUCACCAGCACCGAAAGCCUCGAAACAAGCUCAACGGCCACGAACGCCACCUAUCAGAAUGAAACCGAUUCCCAGAUGUCGUCCAGCGUUACCAGCUGCGAUUCCAUCACGAUGGUAGUAGAUACGGUAGGUUCGCAGGCACUAGAUGACUGGGAUAACUUUACCUCCUCGGCGAUGGCCAGGGAUUCGGGUGGAUUCGCAAGCUCCGUAAUGACCGCCUCGAUGAGUGCCUACUCAUCGACCACCGGUGGUAGCAGCAGUGGUAGCAGUGUCGUGACCAAUGUUAUCCACACUACUCAACAACAGCAACAGCAGCAGCAACGAGAAGCGUCCACCAACGUCUUCUCGUCGUCCACGGUCACGAUGGUGUCGAGCUCUUCUUCAGCGUCCUCGGCAAGCUUCCACGUAGCUCGGCAGCAGAUGGGGGAAAGUGAACUAUUAAGUAGAGAACUGUUUCCAGGAGAAAUAGCUUUCGAUGACGUGAAGGAAACGGCAAAGGAACGAAUGCAAAGCAAAUCAACCGAAAAGGAGGAGUAAGGGACACGUAAUACACAACC